GGCCAUGAGAGGAGGAAGGAAGAAUUUGAAGAGGGCAACAGAGGAAAAACAUAUAACUCUUCAAGAUGGGCAAAGCAUCAUGCAGGUGUUGUCUCUUCGAGGCUCUAAUCUCAUUGAGGUGAUGGAUGCAUCUGGCAACAAAUCACUGGCUCUAUUCCCUGCUAAAUUUCAGAGAAGCAUGUGGAUUAAACGAGGAAGCUUUGUUGUUGUUGAUGAAAGUGGAAAGGAAAAGGCUCUUGAAUCAGGCAGCAAGGUUGCCUGUAUUGUUUCUCAAGUUCUUUUCUAUGAACAAGUUCGAGAACUACAGAAAUCACCAGAAUGGCCUGAAAAAUUCAAAUCUGAGACGUUAGAUGAUUCAAAUUCAAAUGAAAGAACUGCUUCCCAACAAGAGAAUGAGCGUGAGGAUGAGAUGGAGGGGAGUGAUGAUGAUGGACUACCCCCAUUGGAAGCCAAUACAAACAGGAUGAGACCUUUUGAGUUGGAAGCUGACGAAGAUUCAGAAUCCAGCUCAGAUACAGAUGAUUGAAUCACAUUGUUAAGACUCCCGUGCCUGCAUAAGAUUUGUUACCUUAAAGCUAAACAGGCAAUGUGUGGAAGAAUAAUUUUGUCCUAUCUUUGUGUGCUGAAUGAUUCUGCUGUAUAUUUAUGUCUCAGCUCUCAACUAAAAGAAAGGAAUUGAAUUGGCCAGAAAUCAUUUGUUUGAUUAAUUGCCACUUUGAAGUCUCCCUUUCUUGGUGGGAGGGGAACAAGGAUAUUUAAUUUUAUGGCAUCAAAAAGUUAAAUUUAUUAAGGACAAAAUAUUUGUUUAGAAAGGAACUAUGAAAAUUUUCAUUUUAAAAGGAUGUAUAUGCCAGAAGCUGGGAGUUAUUUGUCUUUGAUUUGACCUACAAUAUGCCAUGGUCGUAGUUUUACUAAAAUUUAAUAGUUGCAAACUCGGUAUUCUCUUGUAAUUGUACCUUUUAUAAACAAUAUCAUUUUAUAUUCGUUUGUUUCUCAGGUAAAAAUUGCAACCUCCUGAGAACUGAAAACAUAUAUAACAAAUAUCAAAUGUCAUUUAUUACCGAA